GUUAUCUAUCUUUUUCUUUUUUCAAUAGAACCAUUUUAGAAAAACGAUAAUGUGUAUUCCUCGAUUAUUUGUCGGUUGCAUUCAAAUGGAAACGGAAGAACUAUUGCAUUUAAAAAGAAUUUAGAAGAUGGAAUUUUUUGUGUUAUUAUCUUUCAUGGGAUUAUACUUAGUUGACAACUCAUCAGCUCAUAUUUUAAAACUGAACACGUUAUCGGAUGUUGACUCCAACAAAGAUACUGAACUCUUUGUUCAUGAUCCUUCACCUACAGUUGCAGAAAAUAACGGAACUGAAGUCAAUGACACACUUGUGCAGCAUGGUGAAACGUUUAUAGAGACUUUCACAGAGAGUUUGGCUGCGUUGAUAAGUGUCCCAAUAGUUGGAGUUAUAAUUUUUUGCUGCUGCUGUUAUUGCUGCUGUAAGGUAUGCUGUGAUGAUGAAGAGGAAAAAACUCAAGUUAUUGUUAUGAACAGUCCAGUUAGCGCAGCUCCAGCGAACCCAAUCAUAAUUCAGAAUAAUUAGUACUUGGAUUAAACAAUGAUGUUAAUCAAGGUCAAUAAAUGCUUUUAUAUUU